AUGUCUACAGAACCUAAAGUUAAAGGAUUUGGAAUGAUGUAUCGACGUGUUGUGAACAGAAAUGCCACCGAAAGGAUGUCGAUUUUCGGGUUGAUAAAAAAAAUCCUCUUAGAUUUAUAUAUUAUUGCGGGUACUCCGUACGCACUGAACUGUAAACAGUUUGGUGAUUAUACUGAUUAUUAUUAUUAUACAUCAGUAUUUAUUAUUGUUUAAAAAUCCAUCGAUCGCUCAACUGGUACAUAGGUACCUAUAUACCUAUAGAUAACUAUGUAUAAUAUGUUUACCUAAUACGUCGGAUCGAUAAAAUUGGUGACAUUAUAAGCUUUAUCCGAGUACAUUUUUUUAAUCAAUUGUGUAUAUCAUAGUAUAUGUAUACUACAUAUAUAUACAUGUAUUAAGGUAUAGAUGUCGCCUUGAUAGCUGACCGCGCAGUAGCGGUGUAUAUUUCGAAAAAUAACGAUAGCGGGCCGCCUUCAGCCAUCGAUUCAUUUUACUCCCUGCAGAUACCGCUAGUACUCGUGGAUUUCGCGCCAUUCAAUUCGGCGCUCCUGACUAAGUAA